AUGCAGGAUUUCCCCUGGAAGAACCAUACCUCCAUAUCUGAGUUCAUUCUUCUGGGUUUCUCCAGGAAUUCCCAAGUUAACAUUAUCCUCUUCAACAUCUUUUUCUUUCUCUACCUCUCAACGCUUGUGGGCAAUGGACUCAUUGUCACUUUGAUCUACCUGGACUCCCGCCUCCACACACCAAUGUACUUCUUCCUCAGUGUCCUCUCCAUGCUGGACAUGAGCUAUGUCACAACCACAGUCCCACAGAUGUUGGUGCAUUUAGUCUCCCAGAAGAAAACCAUUUCAUAUGUUGGAUGUGUGGCCCAGAUGUACAUCUUCCUGGUUCUGGGAAUCACCGAGGGCUGGUUGUUCUCUGUCAUGGCUUAUGACAGAUAUGUGGCCAUUUGCUACCCACUCAGGUAUAAGCUUAUCAUGAGUUCAUGGGUGUGUGGGGCAAUGGUGGUCUUUUGUGGUUUGUGGGGUGUCAGUUGUUCCCUAGUCUAUACUGUCUUUACAAUGUGCCUGCCCUACUGUGGCCCCAAUGAGAUCAAUCACUUUUUCUGUGAGGUCCCUGCUGUUCUGAAACUGGCCUGUGCAGACACAUCCCUCAAUGACCAAGUAGAUUUCAUCUUGGGCUUUAUCCUUCUCUUGGUGCCACUUUCCUUCAUUCUUGCCUCUUACAUUCGCAUCUUUGGCACCAUCUUGAAAAUCCGCUCAGCUCAGGGUCGACUCAAGGCUUUUUCUACUUGUGCCUCCCAUAUCACUGUGGUCACCAUGUUCUGUGGACCUGCCAUGUUUAUGUACAUGAACCCUGGGGCCAAUGCCUCUCCAGAGAGAGAUAAGAAACUGGCUCUGUUCUACAAUGUCAUCUCUGCCUUUCUCAACCCCAUCAUCUAUAGCCUCAGAAACAAAGAUGUGAAGAGAGCUUUCCUUAAGUUAACAAGGUGGGGCAAGGCUCCUGAGUGA